AUGCAGGCUAAUUAUGUGUCUGGUGGUUGUGGCAUAUCCUUGAUGACGUUAUUACAGAUCAAUGUCCAUCAAUCAGAGACUGGGCUUUUUGGAACUCCUAUUCCUGAUUUAUUUGACCAUAUGUUUCAAGCAGGUUUAACACCUUAUGAAAAGAAGAAAUAUGUUUGGAAAAUGCUUUAUAUUUAUAUGCUUGGUUAUGAUGUGGAUUUUGGUCACAUGGAAGCUGUUUCUCUAAUAUCCGCGCCAAAGUAUCCCGAAAAGCAGGUCGGAUACUUAGUGACAUCAACUUUACUCAAUGAGAAUCAUGACUUUUUAAGAUUAGCAAUUAAUACAGUCCGCAAUGAUAUCAUAGGUCGUAAUGAAACUUUUCAGUGCCUGGCGUUGACUUUGGUAGGGAAUAUUGGUGGGAGGGAGUUUGCUGAAUCACUAGCACCUGAUGUUCAAAAGUUACUUAUUUCCAGUAGUUGCAGACCGCUUGUGAGAAAGAAGGCUGCAUUGUGUCUCCUUCGUCUCUUUAGGAAAAAUCCUGAUGUCGUAAAUGUAGAUGGCUGGUCAGAUCGUAUGACACAGCUAUUAGAUGAACGUGAUUUGGGUGUUUUGACAUCUUCUGUGAGCCUUCUUGUUGCUUUAGUGUCAAAUAACCAUGAUUCAUAUUUGAGUUGUCUACCAAAGUGUGUUAAAAUACUGGAAAGGCUUGCUAGAAACCAAGAUGUUCCUCAAGAAUAUACUUACUACGGUAUCCCAUCUCCCUGGCUUCAGGUUAAGACAAUGAGGGCUCUUCAAUAUUUUCCCACUAUUGAAGAUCCAAACACUAGAAGAUCAUUGUUUGAGGUUUUGCAACGGAUACUAAUGGGGACUGAUGUUGUGAAAAAUGUGAACAAGAACAAUGCAUCACAUGCUGUUCUCUUUGAAGCCCUUGCUCUUGUCAUGCAUCUUGAUGCUGAAAAGGAAAUGAUGUCUCAGUGUGUUGCCUUGCUUGGGAAAUUUAUUGUUGUUCGUGAGCCAAAUAUUCGAUAUCUUGGUUUGGAGAAUAUGACCAGGAUGUUGAUGGUUAUGGAUGUUCAGGACAUUAUCAAAAGACAUCAAGCCCAGAUCAUCACCUCAUUAAAGGAUCCUGAUAUCAGUAUUCGAAGACGUGCCCUUGAUCUGCUAUACAGCAUGUGUGAUAUAUCUAAUGCAAAGGACAUAGUUGAAGAAUUAUUGCAGUAUCUCAGCACAGCUGACUUUGCAAUGCGUGAAGAAUUGUCGCUAAAAGCUGCUAUUCUUGCAGAGAAGUUUGCCCCUGAUCUAUCUUGGUAUGUGGAUGUGAUCCUUCAAUUGAUUGACAAAGCAGGAGAUUUUGUCAGUGAUGACAUUUGGUUUCGUGUUGUGCAGUUUGUCACAAACAACGAGGAUCUCCAGCCUUAUGCAGCUCUGAAAGCCAGGGAAUAUCUUGAUAAGCCUGCUAUACAUGAGACAAUGGUUAAGGUCAGUGCAUAUAUUCUUGGAGAAUACAGUCAUCUUCUGAACAGACGGCCUGGUUGUAGUCCAAAGGAAAUUUUUAGCAUCAUACAUGAGAAGUUUCCUACUGUUUCGACUUCGACGGUAGCUAUUCUUCUUUCAACAUAUGCUAAGAUUUUGAUGCACACUCAACCCCCAGACCCAGAACUGCAAAAUCAAAUUUGGGAAAUAUUCACCAAAUAUGAGAGUUGCAUUGAUGUUGAGAUACAGCAACGGGCUGCUGAAUACUUUGCAUUGAGUAGGAAAGGUGCAGCCUUAAUGGAUAUAUUGGCUGAGAUGCCUAAGUUCCCUGAGCGACAGUCCUCUUUGAUAAAAAAAGCUGAAGAUACUGAGGCCGAUACUGCAGAGCAAAGUGCUAUCAAGUUACGGACGCAGCAGCAGACUUCUAACGCAUUGGUACUGACUGACCAACACCCUGCUAAUGGAACUACUCCUGUGGGCCCGCUUAGUCUAGUAAAGAUGCCUAGCAUGAACAAUGUGGAUCAUAACCUGGCAGAUCAAGGGGUAGCACAGGCAAAUGGGACAUUGACUGUGGUGGAUCCUCAACCCCCUGGUCCUUCAGCUAAUGUUAUUGGCGAUCUUUUAGGUUCGCUGGCUAUUGGAGGCCCUCCUGGUACUGCUACCCAAACUGAGCAUAAUUCUGGCUCUGGACUGGGAGGGGCUCCAGAUACAGAAGAUGCUUUAGCCAUUGCACCCAUUGAAGAGCACACAAAUACUGUCCAGCCAAUAGGAGACAUUGCUGAAAGAUUUCUUGCUUUAUGCCUGAAGGAUAGUGGUGUGUUGUACGAGGAUCCUCAUAUUCAGAUUGGCAUUAAAGCCGACUGGCGAGGGCAUCAUGGGCAACUUGUCCUCUUCUUGGGAAACAAGAAUACUGCCCCACUUGUUGCGGUUCAAGCUUUGAUAUUGCCGCCAGCUCAUUUGAGGAUGGAACUCUCAUUGGUACCUGAAACUAUACCUCCACGGGCCCAGGUGCAAUGCCCACUUGAAGUGGUCAACCUCCGCCCCAGUAGGGAUGUUGCCGUUCUUGACUUCUCCUACAAGUUUGGAACCCAAGUGUUCAACUUUAAGCUUCGCCUUCCUGCUACGCUAAAUAAAUUUCUCCAGCUGAUAACGGUGUCAGCCGAAGAUUUUUUCCCCCAAUGGAGGUCACUUUCUGGACCGCCUUUGAAACUUCAAGAAGUGGUUAGAGGUGUAAGACCAAUGUCUCUCGUGGAGAUGGCAAACUUAUUUAACAGUUUCAGGUUGAUAGUUUGCCCGGGGCUUGAUCCAAACGCAAAUAAUGUGGUGGCAAGCACAACUUUCUAUUCAGAGAGUACAAGAGCAAUGUUGUGCUUGGUAAGAAUUGAAACAGAUCCCGCUGACAGAACCCAGCUGCGUAUGACAGUUGCCUCAGGGGACCCUACACUAACGUUUGAGUUGAAGGAGUUCAUCAAGGAACAAUUAAUUAGCAUUCCUACAGCCUCCCGGGCACCUUCACCAGUGCCUCCACAUACUCAACCAAUGGGGCCUCCACAAGCUCAGCCAAGCAGUUCACCAGCAGCAGUAUCAGAUCCUGGGGCUAUACUUGCUGGUUUGCUUUGA